GGCUUGGGGCGCGUGCAGCACCAUGCAGGCGCAUUAAUUAGAGUUGAAUCUGUUGUGGCGGGAGGUUGCUGGAAGGAGAAUCAAUCCUCUUUUUUUCCAAAUGUAGCAGCAAUCCAAAGGCGAUCAGAGUUUAAGUGGAAACGGUGAAAAUCAGAGGCCAGGCUGAGGAAGUCGCGUAUAUGAAAACCUCCCUGGUCUUAAAUCCUCGCUGGCCGGCGGAGACUGUGAUGUUCGUGUAUGAAAACAACCGGGAAGACCUGAACAAAAACAUGGAGGGUCUAGUGGGCAGCGGAAACUUUGCGGCGGGCCAGUGCCGCAACAUCAUGGCCCAUUCUGCGGCUGCAGCCGCUUUCGGAGGACACGCCUCCGGCCUGGUGCACUCCUCGGCGGGAUACUCUACUGUGGACGUUUCUACUUCAAGCCCCACUGAGACUAGUGCAUCUUUAGGGAAGCAAUGUGGGGCCGGAUCCUGCCCCGCAGCUGCGGUGCCGCACCAGAGCUCAUCAGCGUUACCAUACAGCUACUUUGGUAACAGCUACUAUCCCUGCAGGAUGGGGCGAAGCUCCAUCAAAUCGUGCACCCAGGCGGCCGGAGCCACUCUUAACUCGCAGUACAUGGACACUACGGUGAGCUCUGAGGAGUACCCGAACCACCGGCCCAAGGAGUUCACUCUGUACCACGGCUAUGCAAACCCGUACCAGUCCAUGGCCAGCUACCUGGACGUGUCGGUAGUCCAAACCCUGGGCAGCGGGGAGCCACGCCAUGAAACCCUGCUCCCCAUGGACGGCUACCAGCCGUGGGCUCUGACCAACGGCUGGGGAGGACAGAUGUACUGCUCCAAGGAGCAGGCGCACGCUGGACACCUCUGGAAGACUGCGCUCGCUGAUGUAGUUGCGCACCAGCACGACGGGUCGCCCUUCCGCCGAGGCAGAAAGAAGCGGAUCCCAUACACUAAAGUCCAACUGAAAGAACUGGAGAAAGAAUAUGCAGCCAACAAGUUUAUCACAAAGGACAAACGGAGGAAGAUCUCUGCGGUGACCAACCUGUCUGAGCGCCAGAUCACCAUCUGGUUCCAGAACAGGAGAGUGAAGGAGAAGAAGUUCGUGGCCAAGGUGAAAAGCAGCGCGCCGUAGCGCACAGCUCUGCGGCCUUUAUGGGGAACUUUGAUGCUUAGGCUGUUAUGGAAAGAAACGAACUGUGAUCAUCCUGAAAAUGGACAAAUAAAAAAGGACUAAACAAUAAUCUGAAGGGGAGGGAUCCAUGAACGGAAGAGAACAAUCAAAGGUGUCCGAUCCAUGUCUGUGUGUAAAUAGAGCCGUUUUCUGCCUGCUGUCCUGUAACUUCCUGUCUGUGUGUUUCUCAGCUGUCAGUGUUGUCUGUGCCAGAUAUACA